UUCUUGUAACUUAGUGUCGGAGUUGUAGUUCUUACAGGCGGCACUCGACUAGUUAUAAAAAUGGGCUACUAGAGUGUAAAAUAAGAUCUUCGGAAAUGGUUACGUACAUUUUGUAUCUGGUCACGACGUUCUUGGUUCUGGGCUGUGGUUUUGUCUUCGGGUUCCUAAGGAAAGUGAAUGAAUGGAUGUAUCUGAGAAAAUUAGGGGAAAAGAGGCAUUUUCUGCCUCCAGGAGACAUGGGCUUGCCUUGGGCUGGAAAAAUGCUGUCAUUCCUGUGGGCGUUCAGAUCCAGUGACCCUGAUUCCAUGAUCUCGAGCUUCAUCUCCAGAUAUGGUCGGACUGGUAUCUACAAAACUCUACUGUUCGGAAAGCCAACGGUAAUAGUCUGUGCACCUGAGACAUGCAUCCGGGCAUUAGCAGACGAGAAGGAUUUCAAGCUAGGUUACCCAGAGACCACUCAAGAACUAAUUGGACGAUUCCAUGACGUAUCAAACGCCAAGCACAAGCGCCUCCGUCGCCUGACAGCAGCCCCCAUCACCGGCAGUGAGUCGCUGUCCCGAUACAUUGAUAUCGUCCAGGAGGUCAUAACUGCCUCUUUGGAUGAGUGGGCCAGUUUGGACCGUCCAAUCGAGUUCUUCACAGAAAUAAAGAAGGCAGCUUUUAAGGUUGUCAUGCAUGUGUUCCUUGGUUCGGAGGAGACUGAUGAUGCUUUUGCGGAGAAAUUAAGUUUGUUGUAUACCGAUGUUAACCAGGGACUUAAUGCACUUGGACUCAAUUUUCCGGGUUCAAGUUUUUACCGAGCACGAAAGGCAAAGAAAGAAUUGGAAAAGAUCAUCCAUAAACUCGUGGACAGAAGAAUCUCGAUGAGGGAAAAGAAUGAUGCAGUUGAUAGAACAAUGGACCUGUUAGAUUUACUGAUAGCAGAGGAAGACGAGGACGGCAGCAAAUUAGACAAGGAGGAGAUUGCCGAUAUUCUGCACCUGUACCUGUUGGCAAGUCAUGAGAGUACGGCAUACGCCAUGAUGUGGGUGAUGAUCUGCCUCCAUGAAAAUCCCAAAACCUUGGAGAAAGCUAGGGAAGAGCAGGUUCAGAUGCUGAAGAGAAGAGAUCCCACAAAGAAAGGGCUGAGCAUACAGGAAAUUAAACAAAUGUCGUACUUGUCGAAGGUGAUCGAUGAGAUGCUCCGGAGAGUUAACAUUGCAGCUGCAUUAUAUCGAGAGGCAAACACGGACGUGACGAUGAAUGGCUAUAUCAUACCGAAGGGCUGGAAAGUGCUCGCUUCGCUUCGAGCUGUCCACAUGGACCCGGAGAACCACAUAGAGCCAAAAGAGUUUAAUCCCUCAAGAUGGGAAAAUCAACGAAGCAAGGCCGGAGCCUUCAUUCCCUUUGGGGCAGGAAGUCGGUUUUGCCCGGGAAAUGAGUUUGCCAAGCUUGAGAUAUUCAUCUUGCUCCACCAUUUUCUCCUGAAUUAUGAGCUCGAGAGGAGUAACCCAAAAUGCCCUGUUGUUUACUUCCCUGCACCGAAGCCUAAAGAUAAUUUUCAAGCAAGAAUCAAAAGGGUUGUUUGAAGAUUCAAACGUGAGAGGGUGCCAGAAACCGAGAAAUCCCUUGCAUAUAUUUUACCUUUUGGUUUGGCGCCUGUUGUCGUUUUCUUAUCGACUUGUAUGUUGUCCUGAAGUAAUUUAAUAUG